AUGAAGCUGGAGCUCAUGUCAGUGACGACCUUGGUGCUGCUGUUGGCAGUGGCCGUGGUGGUGCCUGCGACGGCGUCAUUGGACCAUCUGCCUCGAGGUGCUGCCCCCAAAGAUGCGCCUCACUUUGCCGGCGACGCUUUUGCCUGUGACAACGGCAAAUCCAUCCCUAUGGAGAGCGUCAAUGACGAAUUUUGCGACUGCGACGACGGCUCAGACGAACCUGGCACGUCGGCUUGUGCCAAUGGCCACUUUUACUGCACUAACGAAGGGCAUGAGCCGGCUUUAAUGGUUAGCGGGCGGGUCAACGACGGUUUGUGUGACUGCUGUGACGGUUCGGAUGAGUACAGUGGUCUUGUGGCCUGCCCCAACACCUGCGAGGAGCUGGGCCGUGCCGCUCGCGAAGCCGCCGAACGUGAGGCACAGCUGCAACGGGAAGGCUUUGCAACCCGUGUCCGCUUGGAAAAUCAGGCCAAGCAAGAGAUUCAGGUGAGCGUGAUACAACCCAGUUGCUGCUACUUUUUCCGUGUGUUUCUGGCACACUCUCGCGUCGUGCCAAGCCAAGCCAAACAUCACAUGGAGCGCAAGGAGCGCAUUGCCGCUCUGGACAAAGAAAUGGAGAGCCUGGAACGCCGUGUACAAGAGCUUGAAGCUGCCAAAACCGAAGCCGAGACCCCCGAAGCAGCAGCUAAGGAGGUCUUUGACAAGGACUGGGAAGCUACAAUGCAAGCGCGGCGCUCUGAGGCCCAUGCCAACACCUUUGACUUCCUGGACGUGAACAAUGAUCAGUCUCUUACGGCCGAAGAGCUGCUGCUUCAUCCGGAACUGGCCAAUGACGAGCAACAAGGCGUGACGAUGAAGGAUAUUGAAGCAUUGCUCGAUGUGGACGACGAUGGUUCACUGUCCGAAGCGGAACAGUCCGUCAGUCUGGAUCACUUCAAAGAGCAUCUAUAUUCUCACAUUACCAAGGUCAUGGCUGAUAAGGACGGCGUCCAUCCCGAGCCUUCUGACCCCAAGCCUGAGUACGACGAGGACAUCAAGACCCUCAUUGCCAACGCCGACGCAGCACGAACUGCCCAUCGCGAGGCCGAGUCGCAGAAGCGGCUCAAGGAAUCAGACCGCAAAAAACUCGAGAACGAGCUCAACUAUGACACGGGAGAUUCGCACGAAUUUGCGCACAUGAUUAAUCAAUGCUAUGAGCUUGAAGACCGCGAAUACAAAUACAAGCUUUGCAUGUUUGACAAGGUGACACAGGAGCCCAAGGCUGGAGGUCGCGCCACCAAGCUCGGCAAAUGGAAUGGUUUUGUCGAGGGCAGCGACCGUACACGUGCCAAGUUUGACGACGGAGAAAAGUGCUGGAACGGCCCCAACCGCUCCUGCGAGGUCCAGCUCAGCUGCGGGGCGGAGAACAAGGUUCUCGAUGUAGCCGAGCCGAACCGUUGCGAAUAUGUGAUGCGAAUGGAAUCACCAGCAGUCUGCAAGCCCUUCCUUGCCAUCGAUCCAGCUGCACACGAUGAGCUCUAAGUGCUCGUGGAUGACACACUUCUUUUUCAAGGCGGUGGUUGCUCGUUCGUGCCGUAGCGCGCAGACUUUUGAUUGGCAACCUAUUUUGAUGCAUCUGUCAAUUUCAUCCGCCAAUCAC